UUUUCCGACGCCGACGCACGUGUUUUGAAAGUGAUUUCAAUAGUUCAUUCAAUUUCUAACCAGCAACAAAUUGCCCUCAGUGAAGCAACAAGCCGAGAGGUUGCAUUAAAAAACACGUUUUUCAUAUAACAUACCAAACAAACAACUUAAAAAUGACUGAGGAGGUGAACCCCAAGGCAUUCCCGCUGGCCGAUGCCCAGCUCACGGCCAAGAUUAUGAACCUGCUGCAGCAGGCCCUCAACUACAACCAGCUGAGGAAGGGAGCCAACGAGGCCACUAAAACCCUGAACCGUGGGUUGGCCGACAUCGUGGUCCUGGCUGGCGACACGGAGCCCAUCGAGAUCUUGCUGCACUUGCCGCUCCUCUGUGAGGACAAGAACGUGCCCUACGUCUUCGUGCGCUCCAAGCAGGCCUUGGGUCGCGCCUGCGGAGUCUCCCGGCCAAUUGUGGCCUGCUCGGUGACCACCAACGAGGGCAGCCAGCUCAAGUCCCAGAUCACCUCCAUCCAGCAGGAGAUCGAGCGACUGCUAGUUUAGUUACCUUUAGACUUAAGUGAACAUGCGUACAAAGUGGAAAAUUUAAUAAACAUGUGUAUUUUUUAAUGCAAA